GACAAUGCGGCUGCUCAUGAUUUAGAAUGCAUCUCUGGUGUGGAGUUUGAGUACUUUAAUUUCAAAGAAACCCCCGAGUCCGUGGCUAAAAGGGCUUCACCCGGCUGCAGCCAUCAACCCCAGGGAUGCAUGGAUAUAGCUUAUUGCGCACUCAAUUGAACCGAGAAUAUUUUUACGCGCUGUUCGAUGAGAGUCUGAAGUUUGGCAUAGAUGUUGAAGGACAUCACACCGAAACGGGUCCAAGUGUCCUCGAGACUGGGCUCGCUUAUACAUCGGCUAUGAGAAUAGCGGACAAUGCUAUCCUGUACAAAUUCUCGGCAAAGAAUGUAGGGCUGAAGCAUGAAGUCCUCCCUAGUUUCAUGGCGAAACCAUGGGGAAAUCGAGUUUGUAUCGAUAUCUCAUUUUACGUCCAAAACUUUUCUGACAUCGGCUCAGACAUGUACAUGUAUCACUCAACGACAGGAGACGGCCGCAACGCGUUCUCACUUUCAGAGGCAGACCGUGAUCAUGGACGAGCUAAUGCAACGUUCGAGGACACAAGAUACCUAAGUCAACUUGGGGAGCACUUUCUGGCAGGUGUAUUGGACGGCAUUCCUGAUGUGAUGCCUAUGGAGCUUGUCCCAACAAUUAAUGGCUAUAAACGUCUCGUUGGUGCUUCCAUUCGCAUCAUCUCGCCACCGUCUUUUCCACCAUCCGCAACGCAUGCGGGGCAUUACCAAACAACUCAAGCUCACAACGCCCCCAUCUCUACUUACCAAAGCUACCCAGCCAGGAAGGAGGUCAUCUCGCCUCCUAGUUCCUUGGAAGAUGUGACCAACGCUAUGAUGAGGCCUGACAGCAUUGUCCUGUGA